AUGUCGGACGACCGCCGUGAAAGGAGACCGUCCGUUGGAGCUCCCAUUUCGGACCUGCAGGGUCCCAUUGGACAGGGUUUCAGUCGUCCUAAGCAUAAACGUACCUACACAGGUUUGGGCCCCGCGGAGAUUAAAAGUGUCGAGGCCAGCAUCCCAGAGCCUCUGAGAGAGGCUUGGCGGAAAUAUUCUGCCGUUGGGUUUACAAAUAAAGAGGAAUUUGAGAAAGAGCUAGUCCGUCAUGUUGAGACCACCCUGGCACGGUCUCUUUAUAACUGUGAUGACUUCUCGGCUUAUGGAGGAACCGCUCUUGCGUUCAGAGACCGUCUCAUCAUCGACUGGAACAAGACCCAGCAGCGUCAGACCUUCGCUGACCAAAAGAGAGUUUACUAUCUCUCUCUGGAGUUUCUUAUGGGUAGAGCACUGGACAAUGCGAUGCUGAAUGUUGGAAUGAAGGAUGUUGCACGAGACGGUUUGAAGGACCUUGGCUUCUGUGUCGAGGAUGUCAUCGACCAAGAGCAUGAUGCUGCUCUUGGAAAUGGAGGCUUAGGACGACUGGCAGCCUGCUUCCUCGACAGUUUGGCCACGUUGAACUACCCCGCAUGGGGAUAUGGACUGCGGUACCGAUAUGGGAUUUUCAAACAGGAAAUUGUGAAUGGCUACCAGGUGGAGGUUCCUGACUACUGGCUGGAUUUCAAUCCCUGGGAGUUCCCUCGGCAUGACGUCACCGUCGAUGUCCAGUUCUACGGCUGGGUCAGAAAGUAUCAGGAUGAGAAUGGCAAGACGUGCUAUUCCUGGCAAGACGGUGAACUCGUCCAGGCUGUUGCUUACGAUGUGCCCAUUCCGGGCUAUGGAACCAAAAGCACCAACAACCUUCGGCUCUGGUCUAGCAAGGCUGCCAGUGGCGAGUUUGACUUCCAGAAGUUCAAUGCUGGCGAGUACGAAAGCGCCGUGGCUGAUCAGCAGCGUGCUGAUACCAUCUCUGCCGUGCUUUAUCCCAACGAUAAUCUUGACAGAGGCAAAGAGCUCCGUUUGAAACAGCAGUACUUCUGGUGUGCUGCGUCGUUGUACGACAUCGUUCGUAGGUUCAAGAAGACAAAACACUCGUGGAAGGACUUUCCGGAUCAGGUUGCAAUUCAGCUCAAUGACACACAUCCAACGCUGGCUAUUGUGGAACUACAGCGCAUCCUGAUUGACCAGGAGGGUCUCGAGUGGGACGAAGCGUGGAACAUUGUAACUCACACUUUUGGAUACACCAACCAUACCGUCUUGCCAGAGGCACUGGAAAAGUGGUCCGUCCCUCUGUUCCAGAACCUCCUGCCUCGGCAUCUUCAAAUUAUCUACGAUAUCAACCUCUUCUUCUUGCAGUCUGUGGAGAAGAAGUUCCCCAAUGACCGGGAUCUCCUCACCCGGGUCUCCAUCAUCGAAGAGUCGCACCCCAAGAUGGUCCGAAUGGCAUACCUGGCGAUCAUCGGCUCCCACAAAGUGAACGGCGUCGCUGAAUUGCAUUCGGACCUUCUCAGAACUACUCUUUUCAAAGACUUUGUUACAGUGUAUGGUGCGGACAAGUUCAUGAACGUUACGAAUGGAGUCACUCCCCGACGGUGGCUUCACCAAGCCAACCCGCGCUUGUCAGACCUGAUUGCUUCCAGGCUGGGCGGCUAUCAUUGGCUGACGGACCUGACCCUCUUGGAGAAACUUGAGUCAUUCGUUGAGGAUAAGGCAUUCAGGGACGAAUGGGCUGAAGUCAAGACGGCAAACAAACUCCGUCUGGCCAAGCAUAUAAAGAAUACUACCGGCUACAGCGUCAACCCUAAGGCCCUGUUUGAUAUCCAGGUGAAGCGGAUACAUGAGUACAAGCGUCAACAGCUGAACAUCUUUGGAGUCAUCCAUCGAUAUCUAACAAUCAAGUCCUUGAGCCCGGAAGAGCGCAAGAAACUUGUGCCCCGCGUGUCCAUCAUCGGUGGAAAGGCCGCACCGGGUUACUGGAUGGCCAAGUCCAUCAUACACCUCAUCAACAGCGUUGCAAGUGUCGUGAACAAAGAUGAGGAAGUGGGUGAUCUGCUUAAGGUUAUCUUCGUCGAAGACUACAACGUUAGCAAAGCCGAGUUGAUCUGUCCGGCGUCGGACAUCAGUGAACACAUAUCAACCGCCGGUACAGAGGGCAGCGGUACGAGUAAUAUGAAAUUCGUCCUGAACGGAGGCUUGAUUAUAGGAACAUGCGAUGGUGCUAAUAUCGAAAUAACCCGCGAAAUCGGCGAACAAAACAUCUUCCUCUUCGGUAACCUUGCCGAAGACGUCGAAGACCUCCGGCAUCGUCAUUUCUACGGAGGCUUCAAACUCGACCCGGAUCUAGCUAAAGUCUUUGACACCAUCCGCAGCGGUGUCUUUGGUGACCCGAGUGAAUUCAACGCGCUGAUAUCCUCCAUUACCGAGCACGGAGACUACUAUCUUGUCUCGGACGAUUUCCACUCCUACAUCACCACUCAUAGCAUUGUGGAUGAAGCCUUCCAAAACAAGGAUGAGUGGAUCGUGAAGUCGAUCACAAGUGUCGCACGCAUGGGAUUCUUCUCUACCGACCGCGUCAUCAAUGAGUAUGCUGAGAGUAUCUGGAAUGCUGAGCCGUUGGUCGUGAAGGACUAG